AUGGAAACAACUACCAGAACGAGGUUCAACCUUUGCACAUGUACUAAGAAAGUUUUAGAUGUCAAAGCUGCGAUCUCCAAGCCAACUUCGAGGGUUCAAUGGCAGGAAAACAUUCCAUACAUUUGGUUGGAAUCCAUAUUGUACGUAUGCCAUCAAGGAAAAGACAUUGGUGCCUGUGCAAAAAAGAAGUAUGCUGCUCAACGAGAUUUAAAGGCAAUGGAUGACCACAUAUUUGUGAAGCGAUACAAAAAAGUUCAGACAACAAAAAAACUAGACUGUCCUGCAAAAAUUACUGUCAAGCGAGUAGUCCGAUUUAUGAAUCACCAGGUGACUGAUGAAAUGACAGAUGUGAAAAAACGAGCUGCCUCCAAGUUAAUCAAGAAAUCAAUAUCGGAUGAGACAGAUUUAGGAGAAGAGGGCUAUUUUUACAACUUGCCAGCUCAAGAUGAGCACAAAAAUCAUCUGAUUGGAGAAGAAGCUGAUGCAGUUGAACCAGUCGACAAAAGAGUGAGGAAAUUCAUUUCUGAUCUUGUUGUCAAAGGCCAAAGGAAUUCCAUAGUAAUAGCCAAACUUGCAAACGCUUUUGCUGAAAACGAGCUCAAUGAAUGUGAUCGGUCCCGUAGAAAGUUUUUUCCAGACAUGAAAACAAUUCGAAAUAUAAUAUCCUCAACAAAACUUAAAAUUAAGAGGAGUCCAAUUGAUCAGGAAAAUUGUUUAAAAUAUCUGGAAGAUUUUCAAAAGGACAAAAGCAAUAACAUUUUCUUCCGGCCGUACAGCUUUAAGGAUGAUGACAACAGUAUCCCAGCAGAAGAAAUGGAUGCCACUUCAAGUCAUUUACUUUUUGUUUUCCAAAAUAAAGACAUGAAACGCCUCUACAGAAAGUAUGGAAAGAACACGAUAUUGUUAGAUGCGACUUAUAGAACAUGCAAGUAUGCUUUACCUCUAUAUUUUAUCGUUGUGGAAACUAACGUGAACUACCAAGUCGUUGGUGUGAUGAUUACACAGUUUGAAACGACUCAAUCGAUUACUGAAGGGCUAAACAUUUUCCGCUCCUUCAACCCAGACAUAACCCCACAGUAUGGAAUGGUGGAUUUCGCCAUGGAAGAAAUUAAGCCUUAA